CUGUUUUGAGGUUGAUGACAGUAGCUACCACCCUCUGCACCAAACAUGAUUGGAUUCUACCAUGUCCAUGGACUCUAAAGGAAUCCUAUUCAACGGAACGUCAAGGUCUUGUUGGGUGUAUUGAGCCACUCGAAGCCUGUCUCAUCGAUAAGGAGAUGAAUAAGUAGUAAGAAGAAAUUGAUCUCCCUUUCAAUACGAGAUCAAUUGGCUCGCUCCAAUGUGACGGCGCUCCCCCGCAUGUGAGUGAGAUCAGCUGCCAUCAAGAAGGAUUCAAUAUCUCGACUCCUCUCCGACCGUCUGCUCAUGGAAGCUCUCUCUCUCUGCUCAGGCAUCAAGUAUCGGGAUGGCGUCUAUUCCCCCUGGGACAGUGGUGGAAAUGAGAUGCAUAGUGGGUGGAGGUGGGGGCGGCGGAGUAGCUCUAUGCUUGCGCUUGGAGUCGGGAGAUGGGACCGAUGUAUGGAGACUGUGAAGAGUCUGGUUGUGGACUGUGUGUUGGGUUGGGGUGUUUCGUAUUCGGUUCAUCUCGAGGGUGUAGCAAUCUUGUCUAUUGAUGUCAGUGGCCAAAUCUUGGGGAUGACUGGUCAAUUUGUAACUGAACACUCUCUCUGGGUGAUCUCCUAGACGACCGACCAAUUUUUGCUGAUUGUCUUUCGAAGUGGGAUCAAGAAACUUGGGGAUACAAGACAUGCACAUUGAGUGACGGCUAACCUACAAUAUUCGUCUUUCGUUGGGUUUGAGAUUUGGACAUAGAUGACGAUUUGAGGAGAAGAGUGAAACGAGGGAUUGCGGUAGGCUUUGAAGGCUAAGUAUGAUAUCACAUUUCUGUUUUGAUCUUUCAUUUCGAUGAGCCAGACUUCUAAGUCGAUCGUAUUUGUGCCUUGUUUAGGGUUUAGGACAUGCCUUAAGGACAUGACAAGACAUGAAUUUUGUUGGAACAAACCCAUAGGUAUUCCAACUUAAUGAUAUUCG